UUUGAUCACGCGCCUGGUGGCUCUUCCGGGACCCGGGAGCCAACCGAGGGCGUUACUGUCUGGGCUGCAGCGGCGGGAGAGAGCAUGCGACUGGGUAUGGGCAAGCCAGUGCCCAUGGACACGAGGACAGGGAGCCCAGUGGAGGCGCCCUCCCGAGGCACCACCCCUGCCCAUGCUGGCCGCCCAGCCCUCCGGCUGCCGGCCAUGAGUAACACCACAGUGCCCAGUGCCCCCCGGGCCAGCAGCGACUCCAUGGUGGGCUACGUACUGGGGCCUUUCUUCCUCAUCACCCUGGUCGGGGUGGUGGUGGCUGUGGUGAUGUAUGUCCAGAAGAAGAAGCGGGUGGACCGGCUACGCCAUCACCUGCUCCCCAUGUACAGCUACGACCCCGCGGAGGAGCUGCAUGAAUCUGAGCAGGAGCUGCUCUCAGAUGUGGGAGACCCCAAGGUGGUACACGGCUGGCAGAGUGGUUACCAGCACAAGCGGGUGCCCUUGCUAGAUGUCAAGACCUGACUGGACCCUUCGCCUGACCUGCAGCCUCAGAGCCUGUCAGCCCGGUGUGCCCAAGGCCCGUGCUGGGUACUGGGGCUCCAUUCCUGUACCCACUUUCCUAAGCUCUGCACAGCAGCCCUCCUACCCCACCCUCCCAGGUUUUCAGCCCUCUGGACGCUGAGCCUGCCCCACCUCCAAGAGGACCCAGAGACAGCUUCGCUUUUAGCCCAACUGGGCUGGGCUUUGCCAGACCCCUCCCCACCAGGAGGGCUUUGGGGCAGGUUUCCAUGGUGAUGGGGCCAGAUGUAUAGUAUUUGGUAUAUAUCUAUUUUGUAAAUAAAGACGUUUUGUGGCUAA